CCUCCCUCGAGCCUCUAGACGGUAGAAGAUUUGUUUCUCACCACAAUCACGUUCACCGUCCACCACACUCGCAUACGAACGAGCACACCUCAAGGCUACGGAACAACGCCAGCCAUGGCCGACGACGUGAAAGCAAACGCAGAGGCCCUGGUCCCCAGGUUCAAGCUUGACCGUGUUCUCAACCAAGACCAGGCCGGCCGUCGCACCUCGCUGCUGGGUACAAUCGAUUCCAAGCCCGCUCUGCUGAUCCUUGAACGCGCUCCUUUCCCGACCGACCCCUCGUACCUCGCCGCCGCCCCGGCGUCCCUCUCGUCCAUCGCGAACCUCGGCGCCAACGACAUUUACCACUGGUACCUCGCCAGCAGCGGCUCGCCGCCACCGACGACGACGACGACGACGACGACGGCACCCGACGCCUCCUCCCUCGCCGACCUCAAAAUCAACCUCAUCUACCCCUGUACCGACGUCCACGUCAAAAAGUACAGCCGGCAGGGCGUCCGCCUCGUCACCGAGACCCCCGAGAUCUACGUCUCUCACGUCCGGCCCUAUAUGCAGCGCAAGCGCGACGAGGGCCGCCUCAACUGGGUCUUCAACAUCAUCGAGGGCCGCACCGAGGUCGAGGACGUUAUCUACCGCACCGAGCUCGGCACCCAGGGCGACGAGGGCUUCCUGCUGCUUCCGGACCUGAACUGGGACCGCAAGACGCUCGACGCCCUGCACCUGCUCGCCCUCGUCGAGCGCCGCGACAUCUGGUCCCUGCGCGACCUGCGCAAGAAGCACAUCCCCUGGCUGCGCCACAUGAAGACCAAGCUGCUCGCCGCCACCGUCGCCCACUCGAGGCCGGCGCGACCCAGGCCGUCGGCAAGGCCGUCGGGCUCGACAGCAUCAUGGAGACGCUCGCAGUCAUGCAGGGGGGCGACGAGGCGGGUAUGGACAGUCUUUCAUUGAG